AUGACAGGCAAGAAGAAACACUCUAGUAGCGUGUUUCGAAUAGUCAGAGGGUUCGGCGCAGCGCUGCUGCUCGUUCUCGUCUUAAAGCCCAUCGUGCCGUGCCUGUGGUCGCGCGAGCCCGGCAUCUGUCCAAUCCUCGAGGUCCCGUCCCUCGCGCGGCGAGAGAUCAAGGAGGCCGCUGAAGCCGGGAAACUGGAGUCACGAGUUUCAGUCUCGGAAAGCGCGAGCAGUGUUUCGGAAACGGUUAAGAGCGAUGCAGGGAAGAUGGAGGAGCAGCAGGUGGCUGAUGCAGCAGCAGCGGAGAAUGGCAGGGAGUUAGCUGCUGCUAAGCUCGCCUUAUCCGCUGAGCUAGAUUCACCUAUUAACGCGGAUAAUUUAUCGUCGCAAAGGAGAAGCUCGGGUGUAGAGGAGGCAGAGGAGGAGGAGUCGAUGACGUCAGCGGUCGAGUCGAUGUCGGAAGACGACAAGGAGCGCGAUGUGAAGUCGCUGUGGCGCUGCCAGGGCGGAUCCGGCGCCGUCGACUGCGCUGAACCGCAGGCGCUCUUGCUGGCCGAGGGCGCGCUGGCGCAGCGCGUGCACGCGGUGUGCGCGGCGUACGCGCUGACGGCUCUCACCGGCGCGCCCACGCUCGCCGUGUGGCCCGCCGACCGCCACCUGCCCGCCACCACCUUCCGCCACCUCUUCCGCCCCGCCAGCAGCAUGGCCAUCCCCCCGGGGGACGUGGCGGACAGCGCGGUGAGCGGAGAGGCGCGCGACGUGUGGGUGCGCGACGUGCGCAUGCCCAGCAGCGACCUCACGGCGAGGUUGCACACGUCGCAACAGGUGAUGCUCAAGGAGUGCCCACGAGGCAGCAGGAGAAAGACCAAGCGCACCCCUCUGCCCUUCCGCCGCUACCUCUCCCCCUCAGCUCAGUCCCAGGCUUCCGGUGCACUGAAUCUGGACGGGUGCGCGUACGACAAGCACGUGGACGCGUGUUUGGGGCGCCUGCGUCCGUCCACGGCGGUGGGCGCGCUGGUGAUGCAGGAAGACCUGGAUGCGCUCAAGCUCUCCAAAGCCAUCUAUGUGUCGAAGCCCCCUGCUGGUGCCCCCUGCUCCGGCUGUCCCCGUAUGGCCAACUCGUCCGCCCCGCUGUGCGCCAUGCGCCGCAUCACCAUGGCUUUUCUGCACGACCCCCACGUGGCCUUCGCCCUCGCCGCCCGCGCCGCCCCCGACGUCACCGCUGUUGGGGACUUCUUCAGCGAGCUGCGCCGCCCGCUCGUGCUCAAGGCCAGCCAAUCGCGGCUCGACACGUGUCAGGAGGGGGGGAGGAGGGAGUUGGCGGAGGGGAAGGGGGUGCUGGGGAGUGAAGUGGGCGGGACCAGCAUCAAGUGCGCUCAGCUGCAGGCAGCGGAGCUGUUUGCUUUGAGCUUCGCGAGGGCGCUGGUGCCGAUCCACCGGUGGGCCAUCGAGCCGCGCUUCAUCCUCGCCCAGGGCGCCCGCCGCUCCCCCGCCUUCCAGGUGCUGCCGUCCAUCUGCGAGACGGAGAGGUUGCCGCCCAUCAUUCGACACCGGUGGUCGUGGUUCACACAGGUGGAAGAGAAGCUCAAGCUAGUGGUGUGCACGAUGCCCAAGGUGGCGGCCAACUCGUGGCUCAUGUGGCUGCGCGCCAAGCUGGGGCAGCCCAACCCGAAUGACCCCAUCCUCGCCCUCGACGUGGACAAGGCCGGCUGGCACCUGCUGGGGAGGCACUUCACAGAGAAGGAAGCGGUUCGUCUGGUGACGCGCCCGGACUUCUUCCGCUUCACCUUUGUGCGCAACCCCUUCUCGCGCGCCCUCUCCGCCUACUCCAACAAGCUCGUCGUGACAGACACCCCCAACAACAAGACGGGCCCGGGCUCCAGAGAAUACUGGAAUGAGCGUUUCUUCCGGUUUGUGCGGCCGCAGUUUGAGCUGCUCAAGGGCGAGGACGACCUCGUGUCGUUCCCCGACUUCAUGCGCCUCGUUGCCCUCAUGAAGAAGAACUUCCGCUGGAAGAUGGACCGCCACAUCGCCCCGCAGGUGGACGUGUGCUUUAUGCAGAUGAUCAAGUACGACUUUGUGGGGCGGUUUGAGAGUCUGGAGGAGGAUGCCAAGUAUGUGGUGAACCGAUUCGGAGGCGACCAUCUCGACAUCUUCAACUUCGGCGUCAACGCGCACCAGACCCGCGCCGACACAAAGCUUGUCAAGAAGUACACAAAGGACGCAUAUGAGCUUGUGAAGGAGGUCUAUGCUCAAGACUUCUUCAUCCCUCUCAAUAAUAUCACACAAACGGCACCUCCUGUUCUAUCUCAGAUCUUUGAGGGUUGA